AUCUCCCUCACCUCUCAUCCAUAUCCCUUUAAGUAUGGAAUCCAAUUCAGCUCCCAAAGUCCCCUCAACCCUCUACACACCCCGCCUAACCCUAAUCCUCUUCUCACGCUCCAACCCCGCACAUUACGCCUGCAUGCUAUCCUGCCUCAACAACGCGACCGCCUGGUCCCAAAUGGGCGACUAUGGAAUCCGCACAAAAGAGCAAUUGGAUGCAUUGCAUGACGCUACACGCAUCACAUCUCCUAUUAAACUCGACCGCGAGUUGAUCUACCUCAUUUCCCUCACUUCGCACCCCGAGGAGUUGGUAGGCGCAGUGACACUGGCUCAGAGGUCUAGAGAGAUAUAUCCAGACAUUGGAUGGGCGCUCAAAGAGGAGUUUAUUGGGAAAGGGUAUGCGACGGAGGCAGCAGCUGAAUUCCUUCGCGCGCUUCGAGACGAGAUCGGGAUUCGUGACAUCUGCACAUGGCCCGAUGAGAAGAAUGUGCCGAGUAACCGCGUUGCUGAGAAAUUGGGGUUUGUGGAGGGUGGGACGGUGAGGGUCAGUGAUGAAGGUGGGAAGGAGGCUGUUGUUUGGAUUCUGCCUGGGAUGAAGGGUGUUGGGAGGGGAGGGAUUUCGAUAAGUUUUUGGGGCGAGGAUGCAGGAAAAGAGACGUGAUUUGAACUCAACGGAAGGUUUGGAUUGGCAUCUGGACGUGAAUUUAAUUUUGGGUUUGAAAUGAAAGUUUGGAGAUGAUGAGAACCCAGAAACUCCAUCUAUCCAACCCUAGCCGUCCCAUUCCCAGUCGUAGCGCCGCCCGCCUUCUGCGUAAUACCAACACCCGAUCCGCCCUCUCCAGUACCCAGUUGAACCUCAGGACCAGACUUCAGCGCACCGGCUGCGAAGUUCAGCGCCGCGUUGAAGCCAGUG